AUGUCGGGCGGAUCGGGUGAUGGAGCCGGGAAACCGUUGAUGCUCGGGGUGAACAAUCCGUUUGCUGAGAACCCAUCGAUGAUGACACUUGCACAAUAUCAGGACACGUGCAUUCCGGUGUCGAUGGAGUUCGCGAAGUCGAAAAUGCAUUGGAUAAUCGCGGCUAUUUUCUUGGUUGCGGAUAUGGUCGGCGGCGGAGUGGUGGUAAUGCCCGUUGCAUUCAAACAGUCAGGGAUGAUGAUGGGCUGUUUGUUUAUGGUGGUGAUUUGUGUGAUCUUCGAGUACACGGGAUGGGAGCUGGGACAAGUCUGGGUGAUUAUGCAAGAAAGAAUCAAUCGUUGGUUCAGUGUUUCACUGAACCAAGGAAACCCGUUCCCCGAGGUGGCCAAAAAGAGCAUAGGAAAAAUGGCACAACGAUUGACUUCAGCGGCCAUUCUAAUCACUCUUUUCGGCAUUUCCGUUGUUUACCUCCUCCUCUCCGCGAAUAUUAUCCAUUAUUUUCUCUACGAUUACUUGUAUAUACCGAUCUCACUCUGUGGUACGAUCGUUGUGCUGGCGCUUCUCAUCUCACCGUUUACCCUACUAAAGAGUCCAGGGGAUUUUUGGAUCGUCGUUGUAUUCGCCAUGGUGACCACAGUUUUAUCAGUUGCAAUGAUCAUUUACGGAAUUUUCCUUGAUCACGGCGCUUGUGCUCCACAAGCGAAAUAUUCGGGUGGCGACUCGGGAGGCGUUCUUUUUGCAAUGGGAACAUUUCUCUUUGCUUUCUCUGGACAUUAUGUUUUCCCAACGAUUGUAAACGACAUGAGACACCCGAAAAAGUUCAGCUACUCGAUCGCUUGGGGAUUCCUCGUUGUCCUCUUGUUGUACAUGCCCCUUUCCGUUUAUGCCUAUUUUGUCUACGGUGAUUCGAUGGAAAAAAGUGUCAUUUACAGUGUUCAAACGAGAGAGCUUCAAUUUGGCGCGAAUCUGAUGAUUGCAGCUCAUUGCAUUCUCACUCUUGUCAUCGUCAUCAACCCAGUCAAUCAAGAAGUCGAGGAAUAUUUCAACAUACCGCACAAGUUCGGAAUCGGUCGCGUCUUGGUGCGAAUGACGAUCUUGUUGUUCGUACUCUUCACCGGUCUCACUAUGCCCGAUUUUGGGCCUGUGAUGAAUCUAGUUGGUUCUUCAACAAUUCCAUUGGGCUGCGUUGUGAUGCCGGCUCUCUUUUAUCUUUGGAUCAAUGCCGCAACGGAAGAACAAUGGGGAAAGGGAGUAAUUCCAUCCAUUAAACAAGUCUAUCAGCGAACCCCGAAGAUAGUCUUUUGGCUGAAUAUCUUUGUUAUGGGUGUUGCACUUGUUGGAGGAGCCGUUGGGAGUUACAAGGCGGUAAUCGCGAUGAUCGAGACCGAAUUCUCGGCUCCAUGCUAUUUCCGUGGCUCCGAGUUGCUCAUUUCCAAAGGGAACACGACAAUCAUUCAUAUGGUGCAAACGUGUUGUGGAUGGGCGAAGAAUAUCUCUUCAAAAGGAACGCCCGAUCUAUGUGGAGAGAUUCCAUUA